GCUUAACUCGACUCUAGGCCCACAUCAGAUUCGUAUUACCCACCAUGACUGUAUCUGGAGUCUUCCCCAGAUUCGUUUCAUUUAUUGGGGCAGAUACCCUCUGGCAUUCAAGUCGAGAUUUAAAAUUGUUAAUAAUAUUGCGUAUGGUCAGGCUGCUUGGAUAUGGCGGUACCACUCUCAUCCUCGCACUUUACCUACAUGCCCUCGGUUUCAAGGACUCUGAAAUAGGCCUCUUCAUGACCUCGACCUUGGUUGGCGACUUAUUUAUAAGUUUCGGCCUGACUUAUGUUGGUGAUGGGAUGAGUGUCAGAGCUACCGUCCUGCUUGGCGCUUUACUAAUGUGUGCCAGUGGCAUUGCAUUUGCAUUUGUUACUAACUUCUGGGUUCUAUUACUUGCUAGUAUCAUCGGUGUCAUAAACCCUAGUGCGAACGAAAUUGACCCCUUCAAGGCCAUCGAGGAGUCGGCCAUUUCUCGUUUGAGUACACAUGAAACCUGCAGUGAUAUAUUUGCUUGGUGGUCAAUGCUUGGCAUGAUUGGGACCGCGGUAAGCAAUAUGCUGACUGGUUUCCUCGUAGACUUCCUGCGGGACACCGGGUAUGACCACGUCGAUGCUCUCAAAGCAGUGUUUCUCACUUACGCCCUUGUUGGCUUUAUCAAGCUCUUGCUCUGCUUACUUUUAAGCUCGGAUGUUGAAUUGAAGUUGCCACAUAAAAUCGCCAACAGUCGAUCCCUUCCGGGACAGCAUAAGAAUAGAGACGGAAGUCAAGAGAGAGAGCCGCUCCUCCAAAACUGCGUUGACGAAUAUCAACCAACGAAUAGUACAUAUUGUGGAGAGGAAUCGUCAGAGGACGUGGAGACAACACCGUCGAUGACUAGCCGGCGCAUAUUUACUCCCGAAUCAUUCGCCUUUCUAUGGAAGCUGUCCCUUGCUAUGAGCUUCGACUUUGUCGGAUCAGGCCUCGCGCAGAUCUCUUGGAUGAUAUACUUUUUCAAACGCGAAUACGAUAUGCCUGAGGCCGCUCUAGGUUCUGCUACUUUUGCGGCCGGCAUUAUAUCUUCCAUUCUUAACCUUGUUGCAUCACCACUAUCACGGGCCAUUGGCCAAGUCCAGACAAUGGUCCUCUGCCACACUAUCAAUUCCGCUUCGCUUAUCAUGGUGUCGGUGCCCUCUAAUAAGCAUCUCGCGCUUGUCAUCUUCAUCUUUCGUAUCGUCACGCGAGAGAUCGACAACGCGCCUAGACAGGCCUUUAUUUCCGCCGGUGUACUCCACGAGGAACGCACCUCUGCAAUGGGGGUCAUUAACAUGGUGAAAAUAGUUGGUAGUUGUAUUGGACUUUACAUUACAGGCCUGUUUGCUAACCUAGACUGUUUUUGGCUUGCUUUCAUUGUUGCUGGCUGCUUGAAACUGUUGUAUAACAUCUUAAUCACUACGUUUUUCUGGAGGAGCUAUGGAAGCGAGAAAAGGGGGGCAACACCGCAGGGAACACACGAUGAUAUAUCGUCGGGAGUCGAUAAUGCACUUGGAACGGCGUAGGUGGAUUCAUUUAGACGCGACUAGAGUAAUAUCGCC